UGGAGGGCUGCAUGCGAAGAUGAGCUAACUAUGCUCCGCAAGCGCCGAGUUUUCGAACUUGUUGAUCGCCCAAGUGACCGAAAAGUCAUAAAGAACCGUUGGGUCUUCGACGUCAAAACUGACGGUCGAAAGAAAGCUAGGCUUGUUGCCAAAGGCUUCUCCCAGAUAGAAGGCGUUGACUUCGACCAAGUCUUCUCUCCUGUCGUCCGAUUCGAGUCAGUGCGACUUAUACUCGCACUUGCUGCACUGGAAGGGUGGUAUAUCACCGCUCUCGAUGUGCGCAGCGCCUACCUCUAUGGCAAACUCGAUGAAGAAAUCUACAUGGAGCAGCCUGAAGGUUUCGUUGAACCUGGCUCGCGCGGAAAAGUAUACCGGCUACUCCGCGCACUAUACGGACUAAAG